CACAUUGCAGCGCAGAGACUUGUGAGUCUAGGGUCAUCGAUGAUCAGUGGUGCCUUCUCAACGUGUCCCGUGAGACCGCCAUCAGCGCGCAUUUCCCGACGCCUGCCUUUUAUGGGUCAGCGGUUCCGCCCCAUGGCCAUAAUUAGAAUUCCCGCCAAAGAUUCGGCGUCUAUUCUCAAGUUCUUGUUCGAACUCACCAUAUCCAACGAUGUUCGCUGUCCCGCCCAUAUCACUCGUGCGCAGCGAUCCCCAAUUAGUUCCCGACCCACGAUGGGCGCGAGAAGUCUACAAGUAACUUCCCGAGGUUCCUUGGUGAGCUAUAAAAGACACGCAGCAUGACAGUCGAGUCACCCAGCGUACUGCGCAUCUCCAGGUCUAAUAACCCCCGCCUAUAUUCCUUCUGACUUGCCCAAUCUCCCUGACUCCAAUCUAACACGAUGAACUACCAGAUUGGCUUCCCUGCCUCCUCAUCCCGUCACAGGUCCUGGGCUGUGCACAAUGCACAAUCUGGCUCCACUAGCCAGGCCUUCCAAGGCCAUUGGUCUGCGCUCCCGGCAUCGUCCCCAUCCCCGAUCCCCAAUACGCCGCUUCUCCAUCCAGUAUCACUCCCACACCCCAAUGCGGCCUCACACCAAUCUCCUAUGUCAUACCAACAUUCUUCCACGUCCCACUCUUCAUUCAUAGUUUUGCACUCGCUCUUAAGUCAUGGUCCCAAUUUGAGAUUUAACAUCACACGAGACCUAGCACAUGUGCAACUGCGACCAGGCUGUCCGCCUACUAUGCUUCAGGAGCUUGCGGUACAACCGCCAGUCUCUCAUAUGAUCAUAACUAUCACUGAGCUUUCCGCUUGGACGAUAGAGGUUGUGAACCCUCGUGGCGUCACUGUGAACAACGUCCUUGCCAUGAUACGUGAAAUGUUCAACCGGAGUGUUGCUUCGCACGAGAUGCAAAGAUCUUCCCGCGUGGUCAAUGCUGCUGUUGAUUCUUUCAGGGCCAGAUCCCGCGCUGACCCGCGGGAGCAUGCGCAGGGGGUGAAACGCGUUGACUUUUUGGGUCCUAAAGUUUUCUUCUCUGGCCUUGCCAGAGCUCGAGAUGGCACAGACAGCUGGGAAAUUCACUUCGCCCAGAACGUUUGAUCCUCGUCAUGCGCGGGUCGCCUUGGCUGUUCCUUAUCUUUCGGCACAUUGCAUCUGGGUAUAUCCAGCUCAGUUCCGAUGGACUUUAGUCGGAUCUCAUCACUCAACACUGCCGGCUCUAACUUUACUUGGUAAUUUGCCGUCACCGCUCACUUCUUCGCAUCCAUAUUCGACAGCCCCUAAUUUGUUUUAUCGCUAUCUUGCUCUAUCUCUGUCCGCAAUGUUUUUUUUUUGAUUCAUGUACCGGAAUAGUUCGGAUAAAUUGCACUCAUAUACCAGGACACUUGUAAUUUUAUUUACCAUGUUCACUCAAUCUCCACCGCAAUACAGUGUAUUCAUACUUGAUAUUCAA